AGUGAGUCUAACCUACUACUUUGGCUUAUUCCAUCUUGCCUAACCUUUUCUCUGUUUUUUUCUUGGCAUAGAUGGGCUUCCAUACAUACCACCUGAGUGACGAGGUUUCGGUUUCUCCCCGCUGCCCACAUGGCAUGCGUAACGGGGACGAGUGGAUGGAUGUGCCCCCCUCCUCCCCAGGAACCCACGGUUUUUACCAGCGCGUAGUGGACGUGGCGGUGCGAGCCCAGGGGCAGAAACUUGCGUGAAAAUUUUUGUGUUCCCUGUCGCGGCGGAGGAGGCGGAGGAGGGAAGCGUUGCGAAGCAGCCGGCAGAAUGUGGUCGCUGUGCGUGGUGCUGAACCCGCUGCUGUUCCUGCUGCUGUUCGGAUACUGCCCUUCAGUGACCAUCAGGCCAAAGGAGGGGUGGCAGGUGUACAGCUCAGCUCAGGAUGCAGAUGGGCGUUGUAUCUGCACAGUGGUGGCACCUGAACAGAAUUUGUGCUCCAGAGAUGCCAAAGGCAGACAGCUCCGCCAACUCCUGGAGAAGGUGCAGAACAUGUCGCAGUCAAUCGAGGUGCUGAACCUGCGGACGCAGAGGGACUUUCAGUAUAUCAUGAGAAUGGAGAGCCAGAUCAAAGGACUGCGGUCAAAGUUCCGACAGAUCGAAUCGGACAGGAAGACGCUCGUCAACAAAAACUUUCAGGAGCUAAAGGGAAAGAUGGAGUCCCUGCAGCCGCUGAUCCCGGUCUUGGAGCAGUACAAGACUGACGCCAAGCUCAUCUCCCAGUUCAAAGAAGAGAUCAGAAACCUGUCUGGUGUGUUGAUGGGCAUCCAGGAGGAGAUGGGAGCCUAUGACUAUGAGGAAUUGCAACAGAGGGUCCUAAACCUGGAAAAUCGUCUGCGCAACUGCAUGAGCAAACUCACAUGUGGCAAGCUAAUGAAGAUCACUGGGCCACUGACAGUGAAAACAUCGGGGACCAGAUUUGGAGCCUGGAUGACCGACCCACUGGCGUCUCCCAAAAACAACCGGGUCUGGUACAUGGACAGCUACACCAACAACAAGAUAGUAAAAGAGUAUAAAUCUGUCGCUGAUUUUGUGGCAGGGGUUGAGUCAAGAACAUACAACCUUCCUUUCAAAUGGGCUGGAACCAACCACGUGGUGUACAAUGGCUCUCUGUACUACAACAAGAUGCAGAGCAACAUCAUAGUGAGGUACAGCUUUGAGACGGGCCGCGUGGUCACACAGAGGGCUCUGGAGUUGGCAGGCUUCCAUAACGUGUACCCCUACACCUGGGGGGGCUUUUCAGACAUCGACCUGAUGGCGGAUGAGCUGGGCCUGUGGGCUGUGUAUGCGACCAACCAGAAUGCCGGGAACAUCGUCAUCAGCCAGCUGAACCCCGACACGCUCCAAAUCCUCAACACAUGGAACACAGAAUACUCAAAGAGGAACGCCGGUGAGACUUUUAUGAUCUGCGGGACACUCUACAUCACUAACUCCCACCUUACCGGCGCCAAGGUGUACUACGCUUAUUCCACUAAAACCUCCACUUAUGAGUAUACAGACAUUCCCUUUCAUAACCAGUACUUCCACAUGUCUAUGCUGGACUACAACGCCAGGGACCGUACCCUCUAUGGCUGGAACAACGGCCACCAGGUCCUGUUCAAUGUUACACUUUUCCACAUCAUUAAAACUGAGGACGACUCUUAAGUGGAGAAACAUAGCGUAUACAUGAAGGAAGUUAUGAGAAAAAGUGGAUGGUUUCACCUGAAUGUUCUGAUGACAAAUUUUGCUUAUUUAUGUCAUUCCCCUGCUAAGCUUUGUGCAUUUUAUGCACAUUUAUUUAAUGACAUCCAGGUAUAUGAAAAGUUGAUUGACAAUAUUCUCCAUGUAGGAAUGUGGCACUUUCUCUAAAAAAAAUAAAUGACAGCACAAAUUAAAACAAAUUUGCAGCAUCAUGGGACAUACUGCAGGUAAAACAUUUUGGACUAAAUGGCACUUUUACUCAGCAAGGUUCAGAAAUACUGAACAAUGAACUACCAGUGAUUUCUCCAGUUUCCUUUUCUCUCCAAAAUGAAAGCUUUUCAGAAAUGAAGGCCUCAUAUUUAUAAUGGUUUUCUCACUCAGUAUUGCAUUUAUUCAUGGCCCCUAAUUUAUUCAUAUUUUGACAGUGUUCAUUAAUUGUUCGUUUUUAUUUCCAUUCUUUCCUGCCAUUUAUUCAUCAUCUGUUAAUUUAUUCCUGCCUUUCACUACCUCCACUUAGCUUUCAAUUUGCCUUUGUACUUUUCCUUUCAGAUGUUUUUUUUGCACUUGACCUUGUACAAGACAAUAAGAAAUGUGGUGAACCAUAAUGCACCUGUAUAGUUAUUGUACUUGGCUUUUUUUGUGUCUAUGAAGAUUCUCAGUCAUCCAGGUCAUAGGAUAUCUGCAAGUACUAAGUCAAAGUACUGCAGCAAACAGCAAAUCUGGUUUCCUUUAACUUAGUACUUUGAGAUAUUAGCUUUUUUGUAACUUCAGCAACAGUUUGUAUGCCUUAUUCAGUGCAGUACGUUCUGUAAGCCCAAGGAAAACAGCUCUCGUGCAUGAAUGUUGGCUAUCCCAAUAGCAUUUUUACUGUAACUGUAUAUCUGUGUAUUUUGUAUUUGCACAACAUCCCAUUCUCCUCCCUAGCUAGUGAUAGUGAUAGUGAAGAUCCAUUUAUACAGACCGCGGUAGAUAACUUUAAUAAGCAUUUGUUUGUGUAAAUAAGAAGUUAUACAUUAACCAAAAUAAAAGUAUUGUUUUCAUUAAA